CGUCACCAAUACACGCUUUACGCCAUUUUGGAAUUACAGCCGCAAUUUGUCCAGGGCGCUCUCCAAUAAAAAGCACAUUAGUUUUUUUUUUCAGCCCCAUAUCGCCACGGUGCCUACUAUGCACGGUUCUCGGAACAAAGCGGCACCAACAGUCGGGAAGGGACACACGGACGCAGACAUCGGCACAGAGUCAAACCGGAGGGACCGAAAAGCUGUUGGAGGGAUGUUAAAGAAGCUGAAGUCGAGGCGCAGUCAAACGGAUAAGUGGCCCGUGGUAACAGAGGAUGAACUUCGGGCGCUCGGAGAGGAUAUUUCGCCGGAUCAUGUUCUGGGACUCCGGGCUGUCACGGAGGACUAUCUUUGCAAACCUGAAGACAAUAUCUACAACAUCGACUUCACCCGUUUCAAGAUCAGAGAUCUUGAGACCGGGACAGUACUGUUUGAGAUCGCCAAACCUCCUAACAGUGGUCCUAUAGAGGCUGAAGAGGGGAGCGGAGAUUUUGACGUCAGUGCCGGGCGUUUUGUGAGAUAUCAGUUUACACCAGCGUUCUUGAAACUACAGACUGUAGGUGCAACUGUGGAGUUCACCGUUGGCGACCGUCCCAUCAACAACUUUCGUAUGAUUGAAAGGCAUUACUUUCAGGGACGCCUUCUCAAGAACUUUGACUUUGACUUCGGCUUUUGCAUUCCCAACAGCCGUAACACAUGUGAACACAUUUACGAGUUUCCACAACUUCCAGAUGACCUCAUUCGCCAAAUGGUGGAGCACCCUUAUGAGACGAGAUCAGACAGUUUCUACUUUGUGGACAACAAGCUCAUCAUGCACAACAAGGCAGACUAUGCCUACAAUGGUGGUCAGUAAGACCUUAAAAAGGACAACUGUGCAAUACACCCGAGGGAAGGGAUUUGUUUUGUAUGAAUCCUGUUAGAGUUAGGGUGUUUUCUUAAGACAGAAGAAUUUUACCUCCAUCAGCAGAAUCAACAGCCCACAUCUGCCAUCUGAUGCUUUCAUGAAUCUAUUAAGAAUCUGACAGGGAUUUGGGACACUGAGGAAAAUUCUGUUAAAGUUUGUCAUAUUUGUUACGGUUUGUGCACUGUUUGCCUUUAGUUUGAGUCUCUGCUGGAAAGGGACAAGCACAGACCCCUAGUGACACAGGUUCUGUUACAACUCAAUUUGCUUCAGUAUAAUAGGUUUCUGUUGAAAUAACUUAAACUACCUUUCACAAGUGACAAUUGCUCCUCUUAAGAAUAAGAGCACUGAGUAGAAGUUGUGUAGUAUUGAUCGUGAUAGGUCCUUUUCAUUCACUCUUAAAUAUUAGUAUCAGUUUUGCAUUGUUGGGACUUUAGUGUGAAAUAUUUAAGGUGAAUGUGCUUGAUAUAACAUGCUUGGUUAAUUCUGGUAGUAUAACCAUCUUUAAAAUAAAAAUGUUUUGUUGACAUCAGGUGUCAUGUUCCUACAUCACCAUGUUUUUAUUUUUGUUUGUUUUUUUUGUUUUUGGAAAACAGAAAUCCAAGUCUUCCCAUGCUUGAUCAUGGUGCACGCCUGAGAGUGUCAUGUCACUUUGGUUUGAUUUAAUUCACUACUAUUUGCAAAAUUAUAUAUUUUUUUUCCCUAUUUCAGCCAUACAAAACUCAAGUGUCUAUUUGGAAGGCAACACUAACUCCCACUCUGGAAAUCUUUAGUAUUGCUUUAAGUUAAUAAUCAGAUGACAGUUGUGGAAAUCCUUCCAUCAGCACAGGAUUUUGACUUUUUUGCAUUCAUUGAAACAACUUUAUGUGCCUUUCAUCCCGAUGGUCAUUGUGAAGAAAUUUGUGAAUUGUCAUUCCCAUGUGUGACAAGAUUACAGAGAGCUGUCGUUCAUCGAAUCUGAUGACAGGGAAUAUAUUUUAUAUGCUUACAUGCAGGAACUCGUGUGAAAAUGAAAAAUGAAUCCCAUUUCAUAAACUCUCUGAAUGAUCUAAAAUUGUGCAAAUGUGAUGACCUGUGGUAAGCAUUGUUUAGCUCAGUAAAAAAUAGAUUGGGAUUGUUUAAUUAGAAAUCUGUAGUAUUUGUUUUAAAAAAUGUUAGUCAUAAUCAAAAUCGGGAUGUAUUAUGUUUGGUGAUUGUGGUUGAAUUACUUUUUAACUGCUCUUGUAUUGUAGAUGGCAAUAAAUUGUCAGAUAUAUUUAACAUGAUCAAGUAAUUGUUUUUUGUAUAUUAGUCAAUAGUCAUGUUAAAACUGCUGUAAAUAAAAAGUAGCAUGGAUCCAAUUUGUACCACUCUCUUUGCAAUUUAGAUUCACUUCUUUAAAAUGUAACAAAUAAAUGCCUUUACAAAGCGUA